AUGGAUCUUGACGCCUGUGUUCGAGGUGUCUCUCAGGAGCUGCGACAAUAUGUCUUAGAAAUGAAAUCGCAGCUUCAGGAAGACAUAAUUGACCUUCGAAAUCAAGUAUCCAAAAUCACUGAGAACUCAACAAAUACUAAUAGGAACCCUGUAGACUCCCUAAUUACUUCGGUACAAGCCAGCAUAGAGGAACUCCAAAGAGAAACUAGGGAGCUGUAG